AUGAAAGCACUAAUUUUUGUAUUUUUUGUCAUUUUUCUUCGGAAUUCUCAUCAACAAAUACCUGAAAAUGGUCCAAUUCUAACUUUUCAUCCGAAACCUCUAAAAUACUACCAUUGGCUCAUCUGGACAACGCAACCAACGUUAAUUCAUUACAUCGGGAGCGAACAUUUGGGUUACAAGAACUGGACAAAUGCCUUGGAUGCCUUUAUCGACACUUAUCGCCCCAAUAUUCGUUCAGGAGUGAAGCAAAUUUGUAAUUUUAAUACGAAAAAUUUCCCCGAUAUCGCUUGCAACAUCGACGUUCGUUCAUUUGGUCCGUGCGUUUUGGAAAAUCUUUACGGAUAUCACCGGAACUCUCCUUGCGUCUUUUUGACGUUUAAAGAACUUUUCGGAUGGACUCCCGAAUAUUACAACGAUCCGGAUUUGUUACCGUCGAAAAUGCCGAAGAGAUUGAAGGAACACAUCUCGAAAGUUGCUGAAAAAAGUCAAAAAAUGCUGAAUACGGUUUGGAUUUCGUGCGAUGGCAUUCACGCUGCUGACAAAGAAUAUAUUGGGCCUGUGAAGUAUUUUCCGUUUCAAGGAUUUCCCGGAUAUUUUUUUCCUUAUAGCGGGCAAGAUGAUUAUUUGAGUCCUUUGGUUGCGGUUCAAUUCGAGAGACCUGCAAGACAUAUUUUGAUCAAUAUUGAGUGCAAGGCAUGGGCACGUAAUAUUGAAUAUAACGUCGAAGAACAUAUUGGAAUUGUGCAAUUUGAAUUAUUUAUUGAUUAA